AGCUUCUGCGCGCCUCGCAAGUUCGAGACGCAGCGCAACUACGACGGCAGCGACGAGCUUCCCACGAUGCCCGCCAUCGCAGACGCGCCGCACGAGCACGAGCUGCUCGGCUGGCAGCUGCAGCCCGGCGAUUGCGUCCUCUUCUCCGGGAAGACGCUGCACGGCGCGGUGGGCAACGCCUCGGAGAGCAGGAGCCGCCGCGUGCUCACGACACGCUGGAUGGGCGACGACGCGCGCUUUGCUCCCCGCCGGUGGGAGAUCAGCCCGCCGUACACGGGCGGGCUGCAGGCGGGCGACCCGAUGGAAUGUGGUCUCUUUCCUCGGUUGCUAUGA